CAGCAGCCGUGCACCUGCCAGGACUGCGCCGGGUCCUGCCCGCCCCUGGCGGCGCCGCCGGGCCCCGCGGAUCCGUUCCUCUUGGGUUCGGCCGACGGCGCCUUGGUGAUCUGCGCUCUGCUCUUCGCUUUCUUCGCGCUCGUCUUCCUCACCGCCAUCACCUGCGCCAGGCACGGCGGCAACCGCAGCGUCCCCAUCACCGCCAGCACCGGCACCAAGCGCAGCUGCGCCUCGCGCCUGUCCUCCGGCAGCCACCGCCUCGGGGCCCGGCUCUUCCGCCGCUGGGGCACCGCGGUGGCCUCGCACCCCGUCCCGGUGCUGGUGGCGGCGGCGGUGGUGACGGCGGGGCUGGCGGCCGGGCUGCACCGGCUGGAGCUCACCACCGACCCCGUGGAGCUGUGGUCGGCGCCGGGCAGCCAAGCCCGCACCGAGAAGGCGUUCCACGACCGGCACUUCGGGCCCUUCAUGCGCACGUGCCAGGUGAUCGUGACGGCGCGGGGCGGCGAGGCCAGCCCGUACCGCUCGGUGCUGCUGGGCACCAAGAACUUCAGCGCGGUGCUGAGCGCCCCGGUGCUGCGGGCGCUGCUGGAGCUGCAGGAGGAGUUGGCCAACGUCAGCGCCUGGGUGGAGGAGGAGGAGCGGGCCGUGACGCUGCGGGACGUGUGCUACGCGCCCCUCAACCCCGGCAACGCCACCGCCGCCGACUGCUGCGUCAACAGCGUCACCCAGUACUUCCAGAACAACCGCACGCGCCUGGAGAUGACGGCGACGCAGAGCGGGGACGGGGAGAGCGGCACCGCCGACUGGAGGGACCACCUGAUGUACUGCGUCAAGUGCGUGGGGGGCGGGGGGGAUGCUCGUUGGGUGUGGGGUGGGAGCUAUGAGGAGAUGGGUGGGUGGGUUGGGGUGAUGGCCAUUGGGUCUUGGGUGUGGGGUUGGAGAUGUGGGGUGAGGGGUGGUUGGGUUAGGGUGGUGCCCAUUGAGUGGGAUCUAUUGGUGGUGCUGGGCGCGGUGGUGGCGGCCAUGGGGUUCCUGGCGCUGCUGGGGCUGCCCUCGUCGCUCAUCAUCCUCGAGGUGGUUCCCUUCCUGGUGCUGGCCGUGGGCGCCGACAACAUCUUCAUCUUCGUGCAGGAGUUCCAGCAGUCGGAGCGGGAGGAGGGCGAGACGCGGGAGCAGCACAUCGGGCGGGUGCUGGCGCAGGUGGCACCCAGCAUGAUGCUGUGCAGCGUCUCCGAGGUCAUCUGCUUCUGCCUGGGUGAGCGGCGGGCGCCCCUGUGGGUGCCCCAGUGGGUGCUCAAUGGGUGCCCCAAAUGGAGGCAAUGGUGGGUGCCCCGAGGGAUUGUCCAGUGGGUGCCCUAUGGGUGCUCGUGUUGGGUGUCACGAUGUGUGCCCCGAUGGGUGCUCAAUGGAUGUCACAGUGGGUGUCUCAAAGGGUGCCCCCAAUGGAUGCAAGCCGGCCGCUACGACUGCUGCUGCUGCUGCGGGACGGGGCAGCGGGGCCACGCGGGACCGGGGCUGCGGCUGCUGCGCCCCUUCCUGCGCCGCUUCUACACCCCCGUCCUCCUGCACCGCUGCAUCCGGCCCCUCGUGGUGCUGCUGUUCCUCUUCUUCUCCUUCGCGGGGCUGUACCUGAUGCUGCAGGUGGAGGUGGGGCUGGACCAGGAGCUCGCGAUGCCCACGGACUCGUACAUGCUGCCGUUCUUCUCGGACAUGGUGCGCUUCCUGCAGGUGGGCGUCCCCACCUACUUCGUCACCACCGGGGGCUACAACUUCUCCAGCCCCGAGGGCACCAACGGGAUCUGCUCCAGCGCCGGCUGCGACAACGACUCGCUGACGCAGACCAUCCAGCGCGCCACGCAGUUCCCCAACGUGUCCUACCUGGCCAUCCCCGCCACCUCCUGGGUGGACGAUUUCCUGGAUUGGCUCAACCCCACCGGGCGCUGCUGCCGCAUCCACCGCUAUGGGGAGCUCAGCGGGCAGUUCUGCCCCUCCACCAGCAGUUACCUACGGGGUUCCCUAUGGGAUGCCCUGUGGGGUUCCCAGUGUGGUCCCUAUGGGGCUCCCCGUGGGGUUCGCAGUGGGGUGGCAGCGCGGUGUCCCCGCAGGGUGACGUACGUGUACUACGAGCAGUACCUGACGGUGGUGGCCGAGGGGCUGCUGACCGUGGCCAUGUGCCUGGCGCCCACCUUCCUCGUGUCCUUUGUGCUGCUGGGCAUGGACCUGCGCUCCAGCGCCGCCACCGUCAUCACCAUCGCCAUGAUCCUGCUGGACACCGUGGGGCUCAUGACGCUGUGGGGCAUCCCCUACAACGCCGUGGCCCUCAUC